GCUACAAUGAAGCCUUCUGUGGGGAAGACAUCAUCGACACAGAAGAUCUUAGUGGUGCGACCCCUGCUCCACCUGCCCACUAUGUUCUUUUGCUCUCGCAUGAGUUUCUGAAAGAGUGGUGUGAAGAUCAAAAUUUCCUUGCUGCACGCCGCAAGCUUUUGCGGCAGCGAUGUGGUUUGCAAGAGGAUGACACGCGCAAAGCUGCAUACUCAGUGCCCAAAUUCAAAUUUGUGGUGCUAGAAGGAAAGGACAUUCAUGAGCGAGAUGUUGAAAGCGACCACAACUUCCAGUUUGCCUUGGACUACUGCAGCAGCUUUGUAGAGGACUUUCCAAGAGCUCGGGAGCUGGAGGUGAAAGGCCACGAACGAGCGGAAGAACUCAAAGCAGUCAUUCACGCAAAGCUCAAGGAGUGUGACAAGCUGACACCUGAUGGAAGAAAGGUCCCUACCCGUGGCCGUGGGAUGAGCAAAAAGGAGCCAGAGAAGUCUGUUGACAAUAUGGAGACGCAACCUAUGGAAACCAUGCCGCAAGAUUCACAGACCGAACCAACAUCACCAAUUCAGCCCAUGCAGCCCCUCACCCCGCAUGAAAGCUUGUCCAGGGCUUCGACCCAACUGGAUGUGAAUGAACAUGGGUCUGAGACGUUUGAUGAAAGUUUAGAAAAACCAGCUGAGGAAGAAUGUCCUACUGGGGAUGAGUGUGUUGAUGUUUGCCCAGAAAACAAUGAUGAGGUUUUGGUCGUAGACAGCGAUGAAGAAUGUGCAAUGUCCCCACCAAAAAAAUCUGAGAAAGAAACUGGGGAUGGAACAAUGGGUGUGGCAACAAGCACUGUUGACGCAAAGCAACCCGAGACGAAGCCAAGCACCCCAGCAGAAGAAAUUCCACAAGACUCACAACCUGAUGCUGAAACCUUGGGAAAUUUCACAACAGGAGGCUUCCCCCUUGAAGAUGAAAUGGGAAGUGACGCAGACGAAAAGAAAGAUGCCAAGGGAACUUUCAAGGACCGAAAGCCUUUGGUACCAGUGCCUGGUUUAUCUGAAGACUUGCAACAGAAAAUCGAGGUAAGUUUGCGAGAUUCUGAAGACUUCGACAAAGCACAAAGUGAAAUAGCAUCUGAGAUUCGAAAGGGGCAGCUUGCUCUGCGGCGUCUGGCAAAAGAACAGCAGUGUGAAGCAGAAGACCCGGACAAGUUGUACAAGGAUGAACUGAGCGAUGAUGAACCAAAGAAACAAAAGGGAAAGGGGAGAGGCCGUGGUAAAGGACGUGGCAAAGCAAAGCCUAAACCAGAGAAGUCCCCAACGCCCCCAGCAGAAACAAAGGUUGACAAUGAUGAUUCGAAAAAAGAGACUGACAACAGCAAAGACGAUGCAGCACAGCAGAAGGUUGAAGAUAACCAGAUGGAAACUCAAAAUGAACCAGUGACCAAUCCCAAAAAGAAAACAACAAGGUUGAAACGGGCAGCAACCUCGGGAUGUGCAAGCAGCCCUCGUGAUCUUCGUCGUACAAAGAGCAAGCGCCUGAACCUACUCAGAUCUAUGUCCAAGAGCCCAAAGAAAAGGUUACCUGAGGAGGUUCAAGGGGAUUCCAAGCAAGCUCCUCGCAAAGCAGAAGAAAAACCAGUGGCUGAAACCGCUCCCAAGCCUAAGAGACAGAAGAAACCUAAGGCAUCUAGCUUGGCAGAACAGCAGCAUGAGCCUAAGACAGGUGAGGGCCAGGAGGGAAACCCCGAGAGUGAAAAAAAUGUUGAGCCUGGGGGAAGUUCGGGAAGUUUGGAACUGCCCAAGCCUGCAGAGCCUGGUUCAUCAGAUCCCCCUGGUGGUGAGCCCAAGAAGAAAGAGAAACAAACCAUGGACCAAGAAAAGGUCCAGCAGGACUCGCUCAAGGUCAUGCCCCGGGCAAAGAAGGACUUAAUCCUUUUGGAUGCCUUUGCAGGACAAGGAGAAGUGUCCAAGAAGUACAGCCAGCCUUUCUUGGACAAACUUCGUCGCAAGAUGACCAAGCGGGACAAACAGAGGAUUGCCAAGGCAAAGAAGAAUAAGGACCAAACCAGGAUCAACAGUUGGCACCAAACGCCGAUCCCUGCCAACAUGCGGGCAGUGAAGGCAUGCUCGGGCGCUGCUCUGUUCUGGGUGUUGUUGAAAGAUGCGAUGGCUUUGGAUCACAAAGGAGGAAUGAGUCAAGCCUCCACCAUCCCUGCCACAGAAGAGCAACUUGCCGCUGCCCGAAAGUUGCCUCGUCCUUCAGUCGAAGACUCUGGCCUGUCGACACCACAGGACAAAAUUCUGAGGAGACAGAACACACAGGUGUUGCCGGGGCAUAUUGGGGACACCCACCUACUAGCCACAGCAGCAGCAAAGCAACAGCCAGUUGAGGUAUCCAAGAAGGGCAAGGUCAAAUCAAAACCAGCCCGUAGCGUGAAGAAGAAACAACCCAAGAAUGCAAAGCAAGGAAAACGUGGAAAGAAAGCGUCGGGUGGAAAGAAGUCAGUUAUCAAGAAGCAGAAGACACAAAAGGAGACCAUGCCAACAGCACCCACAGAGAAAGCACCUGCCAAAGGAGCACCGUCACAGCAACCAGGAAGUGCUGCGACAGCCCCUCAACCCCCUGCCCCGAGACCAGCCUGCAAGAAGGCAGCUGCCAAGAAAGCAGUGGUCAGAGAUACAACCAAUGUACCACCUGCCCAACCUGUGAAAAUUGAGCCCAAGAGUGAGCGCAUUCGUCGCAAGCAUGAAGUUCAGACACCCCCCAGUGUGAGGGAAGCCCGUGGUGUAGCCCAAGCUCAACUGGACAACAUGGGAAGAUCGACAACCUAUGAACAAUUUGCGUCCCCAGUACCAUCGACCCAGAAUGCCACCAACAAGGAAUCUUCCAACCUGGAACCUGGUCCAAACCAUGACGAUGAUGAACAUUUGUCUGAUGCGACGAGCUACUAUGAGCCGUCAGAACAAGAAGAAGAAGACGAAGAUGAAAGAGAAGAUGAACUGGAGGAGAGUGAGAGUGAAGAUGAACCUGGACAGCCAGAUGAAAGCAAUGCUGCACCCACGCCCACACCUACGCAGAAAGGUAAAGGCAAGAAAGCGAAGAAACCGAAAACACCUGAGCAGAAGGCUGCCCAUGCCCGCUAUAUGAAGUUCAGCAGGUCCCUUCGCAGCAAGAAGACGCCGAAAGAGAUCCGACGUGCUGGCUUGAAUGCGAAGUACAGUGUUUUGGCAAUAAACUGUCAAGAGAAGCUAGCCAUUUUGCAAGAAGCAUGGGCUGGAUGCGCUGGAGAAUGGAAAUCUUCAGAGUUAUACUUGAAGUUGUCCAGCCGCACGUCCCACAGCUCGUUUGGUGCACGUGUGUGGAUGACACGUGGCCAACUGGCCCAAAAGUACAAUUCAGAGAGCAUAGCUGACACAAUUACCCAGGCAAAGUUGGAUGAUCCCAAGUUGGCUGACACGUGUGUGAAGUGGCAUCCCGAUGCCAUUGGCAACAAGGACUUGCAGCUGUUCCUGUGCUGGGACUCAGAAGGAGUUGAAGAACGUUCAGACACAGUGAUCGAGGAGUUGUUCAAUUGUGUGGACGAAGACAUCAGCGACGGGGAACGCCGAUCACGGAAAAAGACGACAAAGAAAAAGAAGAGACGCCACAGUUCCAGCAGUGACGAUGAAGACAGCCAGUCCGCUUCUUCGGUCAGCGACAAGAAAAAGAAGAAAGCUGACAAGAAGAAGAGUAAGAAGAACGGCAAAGGUAAGGGCAAGAAAGAUAAGAAGGAAAAGAAGGAAAAAAAGGAAACUGACAAGCAGAAGGAAAAGCGCUUGCAGCGAGAAAAGGAUAAGCAGGAGAAGAAAGCCAAGCAAGAACGUGACAAAAAAGAAAGGGAACAAAUUGCACGUGCAAAGAAGGUUCUGAACAGUGCCAAUGAUGCGAUCACAAAGGCCUCCGGAAAGGCCAAGCUAAUCGCCGAGAUGUUUCUGGCCUCAAUUGCAAUCAUGGGACAUGCCAAGCCCAACAAGCCCAACUGGUGCCCCAGCCUUCGUGCGGCGAUUGAGACGGACUUUGCCAAAAUGCGGGAUGAGUUGGUGGAUGCACGGGAUGCUGUGCAAAAUGUUGUUGACAAUCGAGAUGUUUCUCAGUUGGAUGUGAUUCUUGAAGAUUGCAGUAAGAAGGAGACGUCCUACAAGGACUUCUUACGAAGUGCUGAAAACUAUGUGGAAACUCAAUCUGCAGUUUUGGAGGAGGCCCUGGAAAAUGUUCAUGGGGGAGACAGUCGUGGGAAGGCGAUGCAUUCUCUCACCCGCAAGCUGGGUACCUUUUCUGGCAGGAACAACUCGAGAGACUGGUGGCGAUCUUUGAAGGGUGGCCCUGCAAUUGAAACUAUCCGCGUCCCAAUCAAGUACAAGGACUUGGAAACUGAUGAAGAGAAGUUCAAGCUUGAGGACAGACGCUUGACGUGGUCACUGAACGCGUUGUACAAUGGUCGGCAUCCGACGGUAGACCCUUGGGGCAAUGAACUUCCAGAACGUAUGAGGCAUUUCCUUCUGCAAUCGGGCUUCUUUGGUGACUUUGACCAACAUUCCCGAUCCUUGCUCCUGGCUAGAGCGUAUGAGCACUUCCGGUCAUUUUGCAGGAAACAUAUGGCUCGAUUUCUGGGAAAGUUAGAAGCAGCCGGACGGUAUUUGGGUUCCUUCAUUUGGUACAAACCUGCUACUACCGACGCCACUUACUCUGAAGAUGGUGUCACUGAGAGAGGAACAUGGUUGAAGAGCCAUCCCAACUAUCGAUAUCGCUGGAUCAUUCGCUGCAGCAAGUUGAG